AUGACCGAUCAGUACGACGUGCAAGCUGAGGGUAAAAAGAAACCAGCUCAUCGUUUCACGACCCCGCAGGAUGUGGACCUCCUCAAGGAGGUUAUGUCUAUAUGCCCGCAUGAUGCGCCCUACGGACAAACAAGUGCUCGAUGGGCAGAAAAGGCCACGUUGGCAUCAUUGCGUGCAUCUGGAACGGACGAGGAAUAUGAUGAGCGAGAACAAUUGCUACAAGAUCUCUCGGACAUGAUCGACAUGAUCUCCAACAAGAAGAAAGCCACCAAGGAAGACAAGUGCAAGAAAAUGGACAAGCGCGAGUCAGAUGAUCACACCGUGCGUGUAGCCGCCCUCACGGGGAUGAAGCGCAAGUCGUUGGGGAUGAAGGAGACGACAACGAUUCUGAAGAAGCAAAGAAGACGAUGA